AUGGAGGAAUUAGUUCAGUAUCAUAGUCAUCAAAGCAAGUUCUUUACAUCUAGAAUUGAACCUCGUUCAGCUACACACUUCUCUCAACUGACAGAUGAUAACAUGCAAUUAGCUAUUGAAGGUUGGAGGUCAACCAUCUAUACGAUGGAAGAUGUUAUAUCUUGUAUUGAAAAAAUCCAACCUGUACGCUAUACAGAAACUUUAUCCUUGUUUUCAGCUUUAAAUUUGGUAGCCUAUAGUUCAGGCUAUAGUUUAGGAAGCGCCAAUUGGGUAUUAGAAACAAGUUUUAAAAAGAUUGCAUUUGUAUCCAAUUCAUCAAUUCACAUGGAUUUACAUCCUGCCCCAUUUAAUGGUGAUGCCUUAAAGGAUGUAGACAUUGUUGUUGUCAGUGGUCUUAGUCAGUUAUCUCAAAAUGAGCUCUCCUUUGAAAAGGCCAAAGCAAAGUUAUGCGGACAUAUUGCACGAACGAUUCAAACACAACAUAAUGUCCUUUUAGUAACACCAUCGAUGGGCAUUUUAUUUGAUUUAGUUGGAGAUAUAGAGCAGCAUUUUAAAUUGCUUGGUAAUAAAGAGAUUGGACAUGAAAGACAUCAGAUACCCAUUUAUGUUGUAAAUCCUAUUGCCGACCAAAGUUUAAAAUAUGCGAAUAUUUGUGGUGAAUGGAUGAAUGCAGAACGACAUGAUUUACUUUAUUUACCACAAAUGCCUUUACGACAUGGUGAAUUAAUGCAAACUGGUGCAGUACAAACAAUAACCUCAAUAGAAGCAUCAGCACUUUUAAAGAAAAGAAUACAGGAACCUUGUAUUGUCUUUACAGGAGAUUCGGCAUGUAUCAUGAAAGGACCGUUAUUUUGGUUUUUAAAUUAUUGGGGACAAUCUGAACUAAAUACCUGUAUAUUUAUAGAUCCAAAUACAGAUCGCUCAUUUCAAGACAUAAUACCCAAAGGAUGCAAAAUGAAUUUUAUAUAUUUGCCUCUUGACACAUGCCUCAAACUAGAAGAUAUUCCUUCAAUACUGCAUACCCAUUGGGAAAGAAAUGACACCAAUUCAUAUCAUUUACUCAUUCCCGACAUGGAAGGGGCCGAAUUGAUAAAAGAAGAAGAGGAACAGAAUUCAUCAACAAAAGCUUAUAUAUAUAAACCAGGAGAUAUUAUAAAUAUUGAACUUGAUAGAAAUUGGGAAAAAGUAUCAGUGAGUGAAAAGCUUGCAAAGACUAUUAAUCCUAUUAUAAUGACUAAUGAAGACGGAUCAUUUUCUGCUUGGGCACCUCUUCAUGGCUCUUUGCAUUAUUAUAAUAAUCAAUUAGAAAUUCAGCCUGAUUUAAAUGUUAAAGACGAUGGACCUCUUAUCUUUAAUCAACAAAAUGAAAUAAAAUUAAACGCUGAACUAACGUUAAUUAUUAAAAGAUUCGAGGAGGUAAAGGAUGAAAGAGAGAAAGAAAGAAAAGAAAAAGAAAAUUAA